AUACCAUCGCCUCCCCACCCUGCUCCUACCUUUCUCCUUUAAACACACUCCUCUCCCUCAUUUCUCCUCCUCCUCAUCUCUCCCCGGCCGUAUCCAUCUCUUUCUCUCUAGCUCCCACAGAAACAAGCAUGCAAAUUCUCGAGGAGCAGCUGGCUACGCCAUCCGCAGGCCUAAUGGUGAAGGAGUCGGUGUCGCCGGGGUCAGGCUCAGGCUCAGGCUCGGCGGAGGCUGCAGAGAAGAUGGGGAGAGGGAGGAUCGAGAUCAAGCGCAUCGAGAACACGACGAACCGGCAGGUGACCUUCUGCAAGCGCCGCAACGGGCUCCUGAAGAAGGCGUACGAGCUGUCCGUGCUCUGCGACGCCGAGGUGGCGCUCAUCGUCUUCUCCAGCCGCGGCCGCCUCUACGAGUACUCCAACAACAGUGUGAAGGCAACCAUUGAGAGGUACAAGAAGACGACGAGUGACACCUCCAAUGCUGGUACAGUUGCAGAGAUCAAUGCCCAGCACUACCAGCAGGAGUCUGCCAAGCUGAGACAGCAGAUAACCAACUUGCAGAAUUCCAACAGGACCCUGAUAGGGGAUUCUAUGGCCACCAUGAGCCACAGAGACCUGAAGCAGCUAGAGGGAAGACUGGACAAAGGCCUAGGAAAGAUCAGGGCAAGAAAGAAUGAAUUGCUAUGUGCUGAAAUUGAGUACAUGCAGAGAAGGGAAAUGGAGCUGCAGAAUGACAACUUGUACUUGAGGAACAAAGUAGCUGAGAAUGAAAGGGGGCAACAGCAGACAUUGAACAUGAUGGGGGCGGCUUCCACGUCGACUGAGUACGAGCAAAAUAUCAGAACCUUCCUGCAGUUCAACAUCAUGCAGCAGCCUCAGUACUACCAGCAGCAGGAGGACCGAAAAGCUUUCAACACAGUUGAAAGGUGAUUGAUGGAUCUGCACGCAACUAUCUCUAUCAUGUGCCUUCAAGUAAAAUUGAAGCUAUAUAGCUGUGAAAUUAUAUAUAUUACUAGAACUUCCCAUGAAUGAGUGUAUUUCUAUACACCCAAAAUCUACUUUAUCCCAUAAGUAAGGCUUUGCGCCACCAAUGAAAUGUAUCUGUAUCUACUGUUAAUGUGUGAUGAUACUACUUCAUUCCUUGCAA